AUGGAUAACUUAUUAGAAAAUAAAUGCUCUAAACAUGAUUAAGAGUUUUUAGCAAUCAGGAUUGUUUAAGAUAAUAAAGAUCAGAAUAAAUAUUUAUGUCCUCAAUGUUUAAUUGAACUUAUUAACCCUAAAGAGUUGAUACUAAUUAGUGAAGCAAAGAUAUAAAUUUAGAAUAAAAAAGGCUAAAUAUCUAAAAACAUUGAAGAAUAAUGCAAAUAAAAAAUAAACUUAGCUACUAAUCUAAAAAAUAGUAUAUAAGAAUUAAAAGGUCCUUUAGAAUAAAUCUUUACAAAAAUUAAUGAAGAAAUUGAUUAAUUCAAAAACUAAACUGAGAAAAAAAUAUAAGAAAGUGAAAUAAUUACUCCUGAAAACCUAGACACAGAUUUAGUAUUUUUAACAGAUGAAUAAAUUAAUUUGACAUAAUCUAAAACAUAUGAAAAUGAUUUAUAGUUAAUAAAGUCAUUGCUCAAUUAAUUUUAAUUUUGUGAGAUAUCUAGUCUUUCAAAAUAAAAGAUAAUUGAAAUCAUUUCUAAAUGCUAUGACAUUUCCAAAUUACAAAUAGAAACUGAAGAUGAAAGAAAUUAGAAAACUAAAGUAUUGAUUAUAUUAAUUUUUAGCAAACACCAUCAUUAAAGUUUCUAUGUUAGAGUCAUGAUUAAUAAAUUAUUAUGGUCUAACUUGAUGAAAAUAGUAAAUUUUAAUAAUACUCAUGUGUUUAAUGUAUUUCAGAAAAAUAGGGAAAAUACAUAACACUUCGUUAAUUAUAAUAAUCUUUAGAAGCUUACAAUUAAUGUUCUGAAUAAUCAUUAAAAUAUUGUUAAUAAUUAAGAGAGCAACAUACAAAUGAAAUAAUAAAAAUUUGUAAGUAAUUAUGUGAUAAAUAUAUUUAAACCAUUAAUUUACAGAUUUAAUAAUUAGAAAUAAAUUUAAAAUCUUUUGAAAAGAUAAUUGAAACAAAUUUAUAAUUUAAGGAUUAAAAUAUCUAUUAAUUUGAAUAAGAACAAUUAUUAUAAAAAUUAGAACCAAUUUAUAUGGAUUAAAAUCCAAACCAUUAUUCUAAAAUAAUUGAAAAAUAAUUAGAAUUAGAUAAACAAUUAUAUGGCAAGUUUGAAGAAUAAAUGUAAGAAUUAAGUAAGUUUGAAAUUAGCAGUUCAAAUUUAAUCAAGCUUGAAUAAUUAGAUCAUUAACUCAUAUUAAAAAAAAUAGAAAAUUAAAUUGGAUAAUAAAAAUCAAAUUAGUAAAAUAUAUAGAAUGAUUAAGAAGUUGUUAACUUAGAAAAUGAAAUAAAUAGUUUUUUAUCAAAAAAAUUGAAAUAAUGUAUUUUAAAUGAAUAAUUUUAAUAAUUAUUCCAAAAUCGCGAUAAAUUAUAAAAUGAUUAAUAAUAAUUAAUUUAAAAUAUAGUUGCAAUAUAAGAUAAAUUAAAAGAACAAUAGAAGAAUUGUGCAAAAGAGCAAGGAAUUUCAUAAUAGUAUUAUGAGAAUAAAAUAAUAUAUUUAGAAAGAAUAAAAACCUAACUUAAUUCCACUUCUUUUAGUGAUUAAAUAUAGAAAGAAACUUAAAUUUAAACAAAUGUGACAAUUGCAAGUUUUGAUAAGGAAAUAAAUGAGGUUUCAUAUUUAAAUUUAAUUUUAGUAUAAGUAAAAAAUCGCUCAAAAUUUAUAAAAUAUUGCUCAACUUGAAGAAAAAAAUUAAGCACUUUAAUAAGACACCUUAUAAUCAAUAUUAUAAAAUUCUUAUUAGCCUUAAUUUAAUAAUAGCUAUAAAUUGGCAGCCUAUUUAGUAGUUAAUCACAAAUUAGUUUAAUGUAAUAAUUUAAUUAUACUAAUAGCGCCUUAAGGAGGAUUUGGAUUAGCUGUUAUGCAACCUCCAUUACCUAAAGAUAAUGUAACAACUUUCGUUUUUAAAAUAAAUGUAUGUUUAUGUUUUAUUAAGAAAUGUAAUUCAUGGGCAGGAGUUGGAAUUUGCCACUUGUAAACUGCUUAAGGUUUUAGUUAUGAUAUGAACGGAAAUUAUACAUCAACAAAUCACAAUACUUACCUUGCAUGCGCUGGUGGAUAUAGAAUUUCAAGUUAUUAAGGUUAUACUACUGGAAAUAAUUUUACUUAUGGUGAAAGCAGCAUUAUUCGUUGUUAAUAUGAUCCAAAAAAUAAUAAAUUAAAUUUAUUAAAUAUCAAUGUAUAAAAUAUAAUAAUUAGGAUGGAAAAACCUUGUAGAUGGAUAUAGCUAAUAAUAAUUUAGAAAUGUCCCCUUGUGUAAUGCUUUAUGGAGCAGAAAUAGAACUAAUAUGA